AUCAUGGCCUGGUCAAUUAGUAUUGUUUUUAUUCUAAAUGACCCAAUGAUGACUGGUUGAAUGGCAAUAGUGCUAUGCUGUUGAGACUGGACUCAGACCUGAUGAUCAAUGGGAGCACUAUAUCCUUUCUACAAACCAAUCAAAUAAGCCACAACGGUCUUGCAAUCUGAGUUGGCUAAACAGAAGGGAUUUGGUCCGAUGAUGUCACUGCCACAUUGGCAUGUUUGUGGGGUCAGGGUGUCAGUGGGCCGAUUCGAACCCCAUGGAAUGGAACUUCGCGGCUUCCUCAAGCUAACCAGCGCCAUAUAUUCUAGGCUCUAGCCCUUGCCUACGAAAUCCUCACAAUCUUGGAUUCUUGGACGAGUCCCCAUUCCCCAAUACCAUCCCCUCCCUCCAAUUCCGUUUCCAAACGGGCGAUUCUUGAAGCUUCCACAAGGGGGCGCGGAUCUUGAGCGCGCCUUCCCCAAAGACGGCCAUGGCUACCAGAGCGCGCGCCGCGCCAGGGGCGUCGCUGUGGUCGGAAUUGCCCCCCGAGAUCAUCGGCGCCGUGCUCUGCAGGAUACCCUCCGCCGUCGAUCGCGUCAGUUUCCGCUCCGUCUGCCGCUCAUGGCUCGCCGCCGCGCGGUGCUACCCGCCGACCGUACCGCCGCUCCCUCUGAUUCUUUGUCCGGGGUUCGCGCUCGCCAGCCCGUCCUUCACGGACGGCGACGCCUUGGUCACCGCCGCUCACCGCCUCCCACUUCUUGGCACGCCGCUCGAGAGGGACCCCUACUUCGGCGAUUGUGUCGGCUCUUUUCAAGACUGGCUCGUUUGCACCCGGCUCUACUGGCGCACGCCGCCCUGUCCCUGGACCGGUGCCGAUGGUGAGUGUUUCUUGGUGAACCCUUUCUCCAGUGAGACCAUCCAUCUGCCCAGGCCUUGUGCUGCCCAUUCCUGCGGCAAGAUUCAGAGCUCUGUUCCUCUCUGCAAUGGCGAGGGCGAGGUCAUCUGCACUAUACAUGCGCCUGAAUAUGCAAUGGCACUGGUCAAAGUAGUUCUCUCCGCGCCACCUGGCACUGGCCCCAGCUCCUGCACCGACAAAAACCUGGGUUCCACUUGCAUCGCCGCUGCAAUCUCCCGGAGAAACGGAGAAUAUAAGCUUGCCUUCUGCAGGCCAGAAAUGCAAUCAUGGUGCAUAUGCGAGGGCAACUGCAUCAAGAGCUGCGUUGACAUUGAGUUCUACCAGGGGAAGCUCUACAUUGUGGACAUCAGCAGCGGAGAUCUCUUUGCCUUUGAGUUCGAGGCACCUACUGAUCGCUCCUUUCCAGUUGUAUCCCGCGCCGAGCACUGUCUGAUAGAGAAGCUGCCCUUAAUGGAUGGUAGUGACCGCCGAAAAUACAAUAUUGUGCAGUCUCAUGGAAAGCUAUUGCUGGUUGCCAGAUACUUCACAGGAAGCUGGGAUCAAUUCACUGGAGUUAGAGUCUAUGAACUGGACUUCAGUUCAGAUCCAUGGAGAUGGGUAGAAAUGAAGGGCUUGGGCGGCGACAGUAUUCUUAUCAGCUCAUCCUGCAGCAACUCAUUCCCUGCCUCUCGGACUCGGUAUCAUCAGAUUGAUCAUGACCGCAUCUAUUUUCUUGAUCCCUUUUGCCCCAAUUUCUCCCACCAGGUGCCGGGAAACUAUUCCUAUCGUUCUCAAGUGUACAGCAUUAGAGAUGGAAGGAUCUAUCCGUUUCUUAUUGAUACAGGACCAAUGAAAGGUGUUCCGGGGCAUCCCGUGUGGUUCUGCCCUUCUCAGUGAGAUGCUACACCACAAACGCAAACAUAUCAAGCUUUCUGAAUCAGAAAAGAUUGGUCCUGGAGAUCAUGUGGUCUUCGAAGUGGACCCUUAAUAAGAAGCACAAGCUGCACAGCUCCAGUUGUUUCUGUGCGAAUAAUGCUGCAGAAGUAGUGUAAUUUUCUCUAACCUUUUUUUUUCGCGGGUAACUUUCUGUAACCUGGAAUGUUCUGCAUACGUUCUUAUGCACUCUGUGCAGUAAACCAUUAAUCUUUUUCCCAGCCAGAUGUCUGGAUAUGUGCAGUACAACUUGUCAAGAUGUACAUACUUUGGUAUUGCUAGUACCAUACAAGAACUUCCAUGUUCCAUCACUGUUC